AUGCUUCUUCGAACCACACUUUCGCUAAGGCCCAAUGUGGUCAUCGUAGGGACAGGAUGGGCAGGCUGCUAUGCAGCUCAUCGACUAAAACCAUCCAUAUGCAAUAUUCAAGUCCUUUCAACUCGCAACCACAUGGUGUUCACUCCACUUUUGGCGCAUACAACCACUGGAACACUGGAAUUUCGCUCAGUCUGCGAACCCAUCAUGAACAUUCAGCCAGCUUUGGUGAAUCUGCCACACCGCUUUUACCGUUGUAUGGUGUACGACGUGGAUUUCGACGAAAAAGUUGUUAAGUGUGUUGGUGUAGGUGUGCCUGGCGCCACAGAGAAACUUCCUGUGCAUGUUUUCAACGUCCAAUACGACUAUUUGCUCCUCGCCCACGGCUCGCGCCCCAACACAUUCAACAUCCCUGGUGUAACUGACAAGGCUUUUUUCCUUCGUGAGGUCAACGAGGCACGAGGCAUUCGCAAGCGCCUCGUGCAAAACAUCAUGGCCGCGGACCUUCCGACAGUCCCGGUCGAGGAAACCAAGCGUCUCCUUCACACUGUAGUGGUAGGUGGUGGGCCGACGGGGAUCGAGUUCGCCACGAGCCUUGCAGAAUUUUUCCGUAAGGACAUCGCCCGUGUGAGUCGCUCCUUACAGCAACACUGCAAAGUGACGGUGCUUGAGGCGAAUGAAGUUCUGGGGACGUUUGACCAAGCUCUCCGGAACUAUGGGCAACGGCGGUUGGCGGAGUUAGGGGUCAACGUCGUCAACACCGCCGUGGUGUCUGUCACGGAAAGGGGGGUUGUUACCACCGGCGGGGAGGUCCUGGAGGCUGGGCUAGUGGUCUGGAGCACCGGCGUGGGGCCCACCAUGCUGACUCAGAUCCUCGAGUGCGACAAGACGUCGCAGGAGCGCAUCUCGGUCGAUGAGAACCUCCGCAUACUUCGUGAUGGGAAACCGAUUCCAAAUGUUUUUGCCGCGGGUGACAGCGCAGCAAACGCGAAGGAGCCGUUGCCUACGCUGGCGGCCGUCGCUAGGCGACAAGGAACUUACCUUGGUGAGCAAUUAAACCAUCUGAUCACCAAGGGCACAAUGACGAAGUCCUUUGAAUAUCAAAGCUUGGGCAGCAUGGUAUCUUUGGGUGAUGCAAGCGCUAUUGUUUCCCUCGGGUCGAAGCGUAAACUUGGUUUUCGGGGUCUCAAGGCUCUAUGGUUUUGGAAGAGUGCCUACCUCACCAUGAUAGGAUCCCUGCGAAGUAAACUAUAUGUCUUCGUUAAUUGGUGCGGUAGCCAUAUAUUCAGUCGUGAUAUCACGUAUAUUGGCGAUCUUAGCGAAGAUCGACUGUACAAAAUCUUGGCUGGGCAUGAGGUGUCCCGAGCAAAGAACCGUCCCAAGGCAACAGAAGCGCUUAAGAUGAUGACGCCGACGCAGACGUUUACAUCUGAACUCUUGGAAGAUUCCGUGGAGCAGGGUUUUAUUUCACGCGAAGACAAGACUCAGACAGUGCACGCCCCACAGGAAGACAUAAAAUCUAAAAAUGCAUAA